UAUCUUUGCGUUGGCGGGACUUCCCUAAUUGGCCUGAUCGGCGUCCGACUCAAUUGAUGGGCUGUCUUAGGUCGCCAAGCGCGCCAGCGUACCCGUAUACACAAUACUGCUGGGGAGGGAAGUAUGAUAUCGUUAUAAGACACCCGCGCGUAUUUCUUCGGCCGACUGCGAGACUUGAAAAACAGCGUUGCGUCCGCCAGAGAGUUCAGCUCCCGAGCAGGCGCGCUAGGCCAGUAUCGUCAUAGAUACAACAUUUUGACAGCUAGCGGGGCGAAAGGAGGCGCUCCGCUUGAGGACUGGCCUGGAGAUAUUUUGGAGCUCUUUUCUGCCGCUGACUCGAUGGCUGCCUCUUUUUCCCUGUUCGACCUUGAGGAUGAGCAAAAGGAGCUUGAGCUGAGCUGCGGUGCGGGUAGUCUGCUGGCGGGGGGCUUGCGCGAGACUUGUGCGCUCCGACUGCAAGCCGCGCACAAGCCGCCGCCUUCGCGCCUGGGGACACAGCUGCUCGCUGACGUGAAGGAGGUCAUCAGGCAGCUUGGACCUGGCCCAUACGUGCAAUCGCAAUUGCCUGUGCUCGCGGCGCGGUUGCUCGAGCUGGGCUACGAUGUCAGCGUUCGCGAGGCGCUUGGCGGUGGCAGCGAAUGCUUCAAGUCGCUGCGUCACUCGUUCCUGGUGGUUCGCGGUCGCGGCGAGUACGAGGGCAUGGAGUUCAUCGUGGAGCCGGCGCUGCGGGCGCACUUCACCAUCCCGCACCCCUCGCCCGACUACGAGCAGAUGCUCGCGCGCGCGCCGGACGUGUUCGUGGGCGGCAGCUGCCGGCUGGCGCCGCUGGUGCAGCUGCUGUGCGCGCUGAUGGCGGACAGCUUCGAGCGGCAGGGCCUGGCGCUGCCGCCCUGGCGCAAGGAGGCCGCCAUGCUGUCCAAGUGGCUGCCGGCCGCGGCCAGAACCCGCGAGCUGCGUCCCGUGACCCACUCACGCACGGGAGCCGGCGCCGUCCCUUCCGCCGAACCCUCCAACACCGGCUACGGCUUUGCCCCGGCCGUCACCGGGGACUGCCUUAACUUCACUGGCUGCACCGCCGUCCCCGGCUCCCGCUCCGCCUCCCCCGCCUCGGCCGCUGCCGCGCCCGACGGCGACGCCCCGGUCGCUGGCGGCUCCCCCAUCUCCGUGUUUGCUGUGACCGGCGCCUUCUCGCCUGUGUCGCGCCUCGUGGGCGCCGGCGGCCUCAAUGCGGGGCCCCACGGUUUCGGCGCUAUCGCCGCCGCGGCGGCACUGCCCACCGGCAUGCCCCGCUGCCCCUCGGAGCCGCCGGUGCUGCAGUUUGGUUUCCAGCUGCCCGCGGCGCCGGCGGUGAGCGUGGAGGUGGUAGCUGCUGAGCAGCUGCUGCACACGCCGGCGCCAAACCACCAGCAGCACCAGCAGCAGGCGCAGGCGCAGGGACACAAGCGGGCUGCGGAGGCGGUGCCGCGGGCGGGCCGCUCCACUGCCGCCGUGCCUUACGUCACCACGGUCGCCAGCAAGGGUGCCGCCACAGCUGUGGGCUACGCGGCCUGGGGCGCCCUGCCCGCCACCGCCGCCACCGCCGACAACUCCACCGCCGGCCUUGUGGCGGCGGAUGUGCUGGCGGGCAGCAUCAGCGCCGGCGACACCGCCGCCAUGAGCGUCGGCGGCGCGAGCUGCUGCGACUGCGGCUGCGGCAGUGCGGACGGCUCCACACACAGCGCUCUGGACCUUGGUCUGGACCUGGGUCUGGGCCUGGGCUGCAUGACUGAUGAGGCCGCCGUGCGGGAGGGCGUCGCCUCCUCACGCUACGGCGGCGCCCACAGCAUUUUCCUCAGCCUGGGCACCGGCGUGUUGAUUGACUGCUGUGGCGAGGACGAGGACGAGGACGAGGCCGGCGUCGAGGUCGCGGGGGGGCUGUUGGAGAUGGAUGCACGGGCGGAGGCGGAGGCGGGCCAGGGACGGGGCCAAAACGAGACCUGGUACCGCAGCACCGCGACCGGCAUGCUGCCGGCGCCAUGUGCUGGUGAGGGCGGCCGGCGCAGCCUGGAUGCCGCGAAGGCGCUGCUGCUGGACAGCCCCUGCGCCGCCGCCGCCGCCGCCGCCGCCUCCACCGCGGCGGCUGACGCCAGCGGUUGCAAGAGGCCGCGGCCGCGGCGGCAGCAGCCUGGCGAGCGCGAUGCGAUGCCUGGCGGCGGCCUGGCCGCGAUGAUGGCGGCGGCUGCUACAGCCGCUCCUGCUGCAGCCGCUUCUGCCGCCGGUCUUGCUACAGCCGCGGGUGUGGUAGAGCGCCGGCCGCCAGUGCACCCCGCCGCGCCCGCCAUCCACCUGGUGCGCCGCCGACAGCAGCCGCAGCCGCAGGAGCACGACACUGCUGCCGCUGGUGGCGGCAACCGCAGCGGCUGCGGCAGUGACGCCGCCGCUGCCCCCGUGACGCCGCCGCUACAGCCACAGCAGCAGCAGCAGCAGCAACUACAGCCGGGGCUACAGCUUGCGAGCGCCCGCCCGCACUCCCAGGCGGAGCACCCUCUGCAGCAACAGGUCCUGGCUUUCCAGCGCCUCAGUCAGCACAGCGGCGCCCGUGCCGCCAGCGGCCAGCAGCAGCUGUUAGUGGCGACGCAUCCCAUCGCGGCCGCCGCCACUGCCGCCACAGCGGCGGCGGUGACCGCGUCUGCCGCCGCCGCUGUCGCCGGCAUGCGCGCGCUCAACACCGCGCCGCCGCUGCAGGCCGCCGACAAGUCGUGGCUGCCUUGGAAGCUUCCCGCACAUUACGGAGGAGAUGGCGUGGCGGAGGCCGACAUACUCGUAUAUCCCGUGUCGUCUUCGGCUGCGGCAGUGGCGGCGAUACAGUAUGGACAGCCGCGUGCCGCCGCCCCAGCUGGUGCGCUGAUGAUUUCUAGCUACUAGCUAGUACGCUUAUGCAAUGGCUAUAGCGUCGCUGCAGCACGGUUAUGGUGUGCAGCUGAGUAGAAGUGUAGGGCCUGCUAGAUCCCGCAAUGGCGGGGUGGCAGGCCGGAAAGGCCUUCUCUCUUCUUAAAAGUAUUCCAAAGCUCCUUUCCUCCCGCUGUUACAAGUUCACAAACGCGCGUGCUGGCACUCGGCGUUUUCGCUGCUUUGCUUGCUUGCCUACACCAAAGCGACAGUGGCGCGCGUUUUGAAGGCUGACGGAUUGACCUAGGAUGGCAUUGAAUGCACACGCGCGUGUGCCUGCCAACUCUAAUUGGAGGCCACGUAGGAAGCCCCACUGGGGCCGAAGUUUUGGUGCGACGACGGCGAUUCUUACCUUACCUAAGAAGCUUUGGAAGAUACUCUGCAGGCGCGUUUUUCCAUGUGGGAGAACCCCACUUGCGCGUGCAUAGCUGCGAAGAUGAACGGAGUGGUCGAGGUGGAGGGUUGUGAGCGGGAGGAGGGUACCAGGUGUGUCAGUGACACCAGGAAUGGGUGAAUGGGUGUGCGUGUCAGUAUGCGCUCGAAUAAAGGACAACACCCAUUGCUGAAGACCCUGGCGUGAGACGAGACGAGUUUGAAGAGAAUGCGCGGGAGAUGUACAGAGGCGAUGUAUCCAAAUGGCGAUUUUGGACGCACUGAUGAAUAGAGCGGGAUGUGCGCGCGCAUGGAGGGGGCAUCAAAGUACGGGUGUGGUAGGAACUGCACAUUAGUACCGUUGAUCGGCAUGAGACGGUGGAUGCGGCGAGCUGACGUAAUGGGGGUUACGUACUGUGCCGAAGCAAGCUGGAGAAGACACGGAGAGGUGACACCAGCGUGAGGGGAAGCAAAGCGCGUGUGCCGCGGCUGCCUGUUUAAAUAACAGGCCAACUGGCGGAAAAGGGGCCAGUUGGUUGGGACGUGAGGAAAUGGUGUGGGUGACGGCGGUGCGCCUACUUUGGGGAAUGGCGUGCCUCCUGUCCCCUUCGUGCCGGGGCGUUUACUUUUCCCCUUGUGAUCUGAUGACGACGGAUGGGCAGCUGGAUUCAAUAAAAAGAGAUUUUGGAUGCUGGUAUCGGGAAAUGCUGCUGGAUUGGUUGCGCCGGGCUGUGACCGGGCCGUGACUGAGAAUGAGGGGCCGGGUGAAUUAGGAGGGACAAGGAAAGAAACACAGGUAAAGGAGCACGGAUGUGGAGAGAAGAGGGAGAGUGCCAUUGGGCGAGGAUGAAAGGUUGGCAGUGAGAAUCGGGGUGAGGCCCAAGGUGUGCGGCGUAGCAGUAUUUGAUUGCGGUUGCUUCUGCGGUUGCUGCGCCCAGUGCACAGAGAUUGAGGGCCCAUUCAUGUUCGCACGCACACAUCGCCGCAGCAGGACGUUGCUUAUCAAGGGGCACCACCCAAGCCGGCCCUAGGUCAAUGGGGAGACAGACGUUGCAGGCACAUGGACACGUGCGGCGUCUGUGGCUUGGGUGACCUUGCAUCCACCAAUUCAUUUCCGGUACACACAAGUGAUUUGAUGAUAAAGCGGCUUUAUCCACGGUCUAGGCUGUGGAGGCGCCAAAUGUGGCGCGCCCCAAAACCUCGUAAAAAUUCUGCAAAUCGCAUUUGACUGCUGCAAGUUCCUGCUGGAUUGAGCCAGAGGAACUUGCGAGCUGCUAGUGAAUGUCUUUCGAGGAGGUGUGAUUUGGUUGAGCCAUGAGUGCGAAGGGCGGGGAGGUGGAGGAGUUGGGUCGCCAUCCGGUUAAGUAAAGCUAUCCCAGAAGAUGCAGUGUAUGGUGGCGGAGUUGUCAGGGUUGGUGUGGUGUUCGUGUGUGUGGUUGGCCAGGGGCAGAAUGUUGCUGGCACGUGGGAUUUUGAUGCGUUUGCGUGUACAUAUGACUAAAGUUGUCGGACUGUUCACCUGCGAGGGGUUGCGGACGGAAGGCACCGGACUAACGGAGCGCGUGAGGGUGCGGGCGCAGCAAUUUUGGAGUGGCAGCAUUCGGGGCCUUGCAUAUGCUUACUUCGGUUCAGUCAGUGGCGGCUGGCCUGGCUGAUGAGAUUAUGUUAUUUUGAUGGAGGCCGGGACUGAGUCACAGGCGGAGCCGGCGGGGGUUAAAGCAGCCUGGACGGAGGCAGCACGACUUGAUUACUGAUGUGAGGCGUCGCGCAAAUAGCGGGCUGCCGGCGUUGAUGAGAUGAACGAUUGUGCGUUCCUGUUUGCAUCAUGGUGUUAUGCGGUGUGAUGGGGUGGGAUGCGUUUGGUGUGGUGCGGUCCGUGUGUGUGGCGAGCCAGCCCAGUCGGCCUUUGGGGGCGCGCCCACCACACAACACAGCGCACAUACAGCCACGGUGAGUACCGCGUACUUAUCGUAGUUCGGGGAAUAUGGUUUUGGUUUUGGUGGUUGCAAGAGCCUUAAAGGUGCUCUGCGCGUUAUGCUUCGUUUGGUCUAUCACUGAAUUUUGUAAGGUUUAAUGUUUCAUGUAGCGGUCGCCUGGGUGGUAGCGGUUGCAGGCAUGCUACUGCAUGCUGGAUGGCUGGCAGUCAUGCUGCAUGGCAGGUGGCCAAUGGUGCAAUGGUGUUGCACACAGGGCGGUGGGGCGGCCGAGGCAACGGACGCAGGAGCGCUGCGGAAGCGCAAGGCAAAGUCCUGUAAGCAUACAGUUAC